GCGGAUAGAGGAGAAGUGGCUGCAGCAGCGGCUCGGUGUGCAGGGCCGACCCCGGGAUGAUGCCGCCCACUCCUCCCCGGUAACUGCAGGACAGGGGAUAUGGACCAGGGACUACGAGGAACUACAGCCGCCUGCACCAUCCUCAUCCUGGGGAUCGGGCUGCAGCUGUACCGGGGGGCGGCGGAAGUUGUCCAUUUUGGCCCACUGUUACUAAAAUAUGAAGAGAACUCAAAUUUAACCAAAAAUAUGUCAAUGCCAGAAAAUAUAGUUGAAGACCUCUCACCAGUAACCAUUUCCUCAGAAAAACUGGCUUCUACAGAAACUAUCGUUCUUCAUCUCCUGGAUUCAGUAGUCAGCACACAAAGCAGCUGGCCUCUUUCCACUGAAGCUGUCCUACAAGGUGACGUCUUCUUAAUUCCAAGUCUUUCAGUUCAGACUUCCCCACUGUCAACCAUCAGUCAAGUACUUCAAGACUCCGUGACAGCUCAACUUUCUGAGAUGUAUGACAUCCGCUCUGAUGUUGUGGAGUCUUCUUCUCAUGUUUAUGUCGCAACGUCUCCUGUUUCUCUGGAAUCAAGUGUAAAUAAAGAAUCUCAUCAGUCGCAUCGUAAUAUGGAAGAAAGUAUGACUGUUCCACUUCUUGAGUCUUUCAGUAAUCUCAACCAAAUUUCCUGGACAACAGAAACAUUUUUGUUGUCCAGUGAAUAUGAAGAAGUUACCUCGCAAUUCAAUGUGGAAAACACCAAAUCUGGACAACUCUCUACAGCUUCUCAUUUUGACUCCUCAAUAGAAGACUUAAUGGCUGCAUCCAGUACGCCAGAAGCUUUUCCCACUUAUUGGCCAGUUGACUCUGUGGAUAGUAUAGAUAUAGCAAGUAUGACAAUUACACAGGAGAUUACCAGCACUGCAACCAAAUAUCCUUUGUAUAGUAUCUCCUCAGAUUUAGAGUUUGUUACUGUGCAGGAUUCUACAACCAGCCCUACAGAAGCUUUAACAAUCACACCUCUAUUAUAUAAAACUUCCUACAUUGAUAUGACAGAUGUUGACAAAAGUCCAGUGACGUCAAUCUCAGAAAGCACUUUUAGUUUACUUCAAAGUUCAAUGCCUGCUGCCAUCCCUGAGAUGCCGUACACCAUGACCUCUGAUGUCAUGUACACACAGUGGUGGUCGGAGGAUUAUGUGGAAACCAUCAAUGUUAAAACCUCAGGGUUUCUAGGAAAUCCUCCUUCCACAAGUGUCAUUGCUGACCAGGAGGCGUCUAUGAUUGAAGUUGUUUCACCUUCUCUUCCAGUGCAUCCUGUGUCUUCAAGUUUUAUGGAUAUUAUAGACUCUUCUGUGGAUAUCACAAACAUCUUUGACUCCACUGUGGCUGAGGUUCAAGUUACCUCUGUAUCUCCUGCUCAUAGUUUAGAAAUGGAGACCCAUUGGGUUUCUUUAGUAGAGUCUUCUCUAAUGCCUUCACUGCCUGUCUCAUUUGUGCCCUCUGUUGAUCUUGAGACCAUUUCUUAUGCUACAGCAAUAUCUACUCCAUUUCUUCUAGAAAAUUCAAUUGAGGAGUCUGUGAACACGGCUAAAGCUCCUGCUUUUGUGCCUACUGAAUCUGGCAUGUACUUCACUCAAACCAUAUCUCCACCUGUGGAGUCCAUGGAGAUGUCUGUUGUGGGUUCCAGUUACUUCUCGUUAGUUUCCACUCCUGAGCCUAGUGGCCUGUAUUCUUCCUUUGUGGAAGAUGUUUCCUCCUCACCGUCAGUGGCAUCCAGUCAUGUGUCAGCAUUUGAACCUCAGGAUUCAUCAGCUCUACUUUUGAUAUCUGAAUCCAUAUUCAGUAGUUCCAUGUUGGAGAUUUACUCUACAUCCAUACUGGAAACCAUUGGCGUAGAGGUCAUGCCCUGGAACACCUUAAGUUCUGCUGCACUAUCUUCCCUCAUUCCAUCAUCAAGUGUUGACUGGACUGAGAACAGUUCAUAUAUGCCAUCUGAGUUCUCAGAGAUGUGGGAGGUGAAGUCCACCAUCAUGGCGUCGAGCAUCUUCUAUACCUCAAGUACUUUUACUGGUGCUACCUCUCUGCUGCCUUUACUGUCUUCACCUGCACUAAAUUCCACCACAUCUGCCUUGUCCACCUCUUCCUUUGGUUUUGACCAUGCCAGCAGUGCUUUGGUUGAGGAAGUUUUUCCGACCUCGUUACUAACCUUGAUUCCAAUGAUGACAUUACCUCCAGAGUCAGAUGUCUCAGUGGUCUAUACCUCAUUGUUUUCAGUUACUACUCUGAUACCACCCAUAGUUAGUUUUACACUUGACUCCACCAUGCCACCCACAUCCACCUUCAGUUUACCAUUCACAGAAAGUUUGGAAUCUGCAUUAAGUGUUAUUUCUACAGUAGACUCUCCAGCCACGUCAGGCCAACCAUACUUAAAUCCUACAUCUACAAUGACUUUUAGUUCACAACCAACCAUGAGUGCAAUGUUUCCUCUGCCAACUCCACACACUUCAGACGUCUACCCUUCUCCUUCCUCAACCCAACCUGUUACUGCUAUCGGCACAACUUCUAUGCCAAGUACUUCUACGCCGGUGACUAUUACCCAUAACACACAAGUUACAACCACGUCACAUGUAGCUACAACCCAUAUUGUCACUCCCGGAGCUGCAACAUCAACGCUGUCUGCACCAGUAACUCCUCCUUCUGGACUCACAGCUAUGACAACUGUGACCACGACAAGACCAAGCUUUGUGUGCGAUGCUUCUAAUCCAGAACCAUAUUUGGUUACUGUUGUUCUGGCACGAGGGUCAAAUAUCGAGAAUAUCACCAACUUAAUCAAGGAAACGCUGAUGAUACAUUUUAGCCGAUCUGUGGAACUGGAGGUCUAUUCAGUGUCCGACAGUUACUCGUUCAUGGUGACGUCUGGUCCUGUCAUUUACACAGCGAUCGCAGUUGGUCAUGUCUUGAGCAGGAGCAGUCUUGUUAUUGGAAGAUUUCCUCCUAUUCUUUCCCUGCAGACUGCAUUUAUGGGAUUGGAUCUGAGGUUCCACGUUCAAACAGUGCUGCAGUUUGUGCCACAGUUGGUGGACAUCAGACUUUGCACGUUCAGUGAACAGAUACAGAAGGGGUUAACACUGGCGUUGUACGAAGUUAGGAGACUGCGCCAGGAAAGCGAGAAUUUCACCAUCCAGAUAGUGAACAUUAGUUCCAGUGCUCCACAACUGGGAUACUGGAAGGCCCCGGUCACUGUCUCUUAUGCUGUCAGAGAACGUAGUGGCUUCUUGAACGGUUCGGAUGUCAGCGAUCAGCUGCGGAACCUGAGUCUGGUGGAGUUCAGCUUCUUCUUGGGGUUCCCAGUAAAGCAAAUUGCAGAACCAUCCACAUAUCCUCAGCUCGAUAUCUCUCCACUUCUGAAGGAUACCUGGCUACGGACAAUUCUGCUGGGGGUCCAGGAGCUGCACGACACGUUUCAGAUGGAGAUGGAGCGAAAGCUUGCGCAGCUCAUCAGUGAGGCGACGUUACAGAAACGUCGGUGGAAGAGAGCCAGCUAUGCUGGGAGCAAUGCAGUGCAGGUGGUCAAUGUCUCCCGUCUUGAGGGCCAAGAUAACCCGGUUCAGCUGGUCUAUUUUAUAGAGGAUCAGUUAGGGGGGCGCCUGGCUGCCGACAAGGCCUCGAACAUGAUCAAUGAAGUGAACAUCCAGCGAGCAGCCAUCAUCCUUGGGUAUCGCCUGCAGGGCGUGGUGGCGCAACCUCUUAACCAGCCCCCGGAGUCUGAUCGUCAGGGGCAGAACCUGUGGAUCAUAGUGGGGGUGGUCGUGCCGGUACUUGUGGUGACGGUCAUCAUCAUCAUCCUGUACUGGAAGUUGUGCCGGACAGACAAGCUGGACUUCCAGCCUGAUACCAUAAGUAACCUGCAGCAGAGACAGAAGCUCCAGGCUCCCAAUGUUAAAGGCUUUGACUUUGCCAAGCAGCACCUGGGUCAGCACAAUAAAGAUGAGGUCCUCAUGGUCCAUGAACCUCCAGUGCUGCACGGGCCCCUUAAGGACUCUACCCCCUCUGAAAAUGGCGACAUACCGACGCCAAAGUCCAAGGGCUCAACUAAACCCAGUAAGAUCGGGCGCCAUCGGAGCAGUAGAGUCACACCAUCUGAUGCUGGAUCUACCGCCAGUGACCCGUCCAGUGGGAAAGAGUCAGGAGAGGAGUCUCCAAGACCUUCAGCUCCACCGCGAGAAACCAAACUCCGACCAACUGAGAUGCCCAUACUGAGCAGUGGAACCGAGCAACACUCUUCAGCGUCCAUCUUUGAACACGUUGACCGGAUAUCACGUUCUUCGGAAGCCAGCCGGCGGCUGCCCAGCAAGAUUCAGCUCAUCGCCAUGCAGCCGAUGGCAGCUCCACCCAUGCAUGGUCUGUCUGCGACCGAGCGGGAAGUGGAGGCAAAUAAGGUAAACAGAGAGAUACAGACAACAUUACGGCACAAAUCGGAGAUCGAGCACCACCGCAAUAAAAUCCGACUGCGAGCCAAGAGGAAGGGGCACUAUGAGUUCCCCCUGGUGGAUGUCGUGGGCUUGACAGACACCAAGGAGCGCCAGCGCAUGUACCGCCGAGCACAGAUGCAGUUCGAUAAAAUCCUGGAUCCUGUUUUGGGCGUCCCCACUGUGUUUAUAGAGCCGCGCAAGAGUUUACGAGUGAGACGAUCUCCAAAACAACGGCGCAAGCAGCAGGGGUCCUCAAGUCCCCCGGAUGCGGACCAAGAUCGCUUAAUCGCCACAGACAGCGAUGGAACCUACAAGAGGCCACCGGGUUUCAGUAAUUCCGCCUACGUGUCUGAUCCCGAUCUUCCCUCCGAUAACCCAACCCCGGGGUCAGAUGUUGGCAAGUAUUCCGGCUCUCUCCCGCGCAUCCCAGCUCAGUAUGUGACCCCACAGCCAUCCAUUGAAGAGGUGCGUCAGACAAUGCAAUCUCUGCUGGAUGAUGCCUUUGCACUUGUGGCCCCAAGCAGUCAAGGGCCCGUGGCAUUGCAGUCUGGAGAUUCUUCGGUAAAACACACAGGGAACAACAACUCGACUCGGGCCGGUCAGGAAUCCGCACCAUGGCGAGGCCAAUAUCCUUCUCAUCAGUCCUCCCACUAUAAUAGAUUUAUGGAUUAUGGAUCCUCGCAGACCUCUGCACCCAGUCUUCUGACAAGAAGCCCAGGGUUCAGCUCGGGCUUCCUGCCUCCAUCUGAAACAGCCAUGACUGAGUCCCAGCAGGCAGAAGGUCAGUAUCCUGGUCGGAUGUACCCCGAGGACUUACCCUCCGUAGCGAGGCCACGGCCCCUGGGAAGCACUUCUGGCUCUGCCCAGAUCCAUCAGCUGACGCGGGUGGGCAUCGCAAGUCGCAUGGGGGCACAGUCCACUGAAUUGGCACCAAGUAGAUCCGUACAACCAUCUUCUGGCCCCAGCUGGCCCUCGUACUACAGUCAUGAAGAAGAGACGCCAAGAAAUGUGCCGCACAGAGAUGCAGGUCAAACACAUGGAGCCCAAGACUAUGGUGGCCAUCAGAUGUUUGCGGUGAACAGGGGCCCCAGUUGCCAGUCCAGCUCUCACCUGCCUCCUUCCAUCUGCUAUCCCUCCAUCUCAGCCGAGGACGUCCACCCUGGUCACUCCUCUGCCUCCCUCAUCAAGGCCAUCCGUGAAGAACUUCUGCGCCUCUCCCAGAAACAGGCGGUUGCCCCCACCUACCACAGCUGAUAGGGGCUGCACCACCGUUGGUUUAUUGAAUGCUUCCUAUGGAAGCCAAAGAGGGAGAGAUGGAAAGAGCAGUUGGAGUAGUGAGAAAUAAGAGAAUCCCAUAACAGGACUUUAUUAUUGUAUUCGGAUGGGUCAGCAACACAGACCAGAAAGGUAACCAUAGCUGAUUGGGGCGCGGGGGUCAGACUGUAGGCUGGGGGAGAGAAGCACAGGUAUAGGUAGGUCUUCAGGUGCAGGACUCGCAGGACGUUAUUGCUUGGUGAUAAUGGAAUGGGUAGGGAGAACAAGAUUAGUAGAGUCAUUAGAAAGAGUUGGAGGCGAAGAUGUGCAACGUAGUUGGGGGUGGGGUGAAGGAUCCAGCAGGUUCAGGUUGUACAGGGAGGAACCAAGCAGAUUCUGCUGGUGCAGGAGGAACAUGUUUGUGGUUGUGACUUGGAUGUUUCAUCCUUAAACAGGACAUUGUUGAGUCAUCAGAAGAUAGGAGGAAAGGACUUUCUCAAACGGGUUACUGCAGGAGGAUGAUGAGAUUUCAGGGGGUUUAUACUAUGUGUUGCCAGUCACUACAGAGCACCCACUUCCAGUGAUUUCUGUCUGAAACACGUGGGGUACAGUAUCAGCUGACUGCCUGUGGGUGGCACAUGUGGGGAACAUUUUUUGCAUAUGGAGGCAAGUGGUAUACAGUGAAAACUUGCAUAACGUAGGUGGCCUUAAGAACAAAUUAUGGGGUUUGGUCUUUAUGUGACCCCCUACUGCUAGUUAUGUGUUGAAGCAUCUACUUACAGGUGGUAAGUAGCUGAAAAUGAACGGUUGCAGUACGUACUUACAGUAUAUACUGUACAUAGAAGUAACUGAAAUUUUGGGGUGUAAUACCUACUUACAACCUGUAUGUGACCCAACAAGAAAAUCUGAGGUUCAGUAACUUCUUACUGUCUGUUGGUAAACUGAGCAACAAGUCGGGGUGUAGUUACUACACUGCUUGUAGUGCAAAUCAUGGGGGUAUAAUACCUACUUACUGCUGUACAUGACCCAAAGAGAGUAGAGACUAUAGGUGGGUUACGGAGCGUCAUUGGAUGUAAUGCCUACUUACUACCUCUAGGUGACCCAAAGUGCAAAUAAGGGGUAUUGUAACUAGGUACUCUAUAUGGGUGAGUUAUUGAGCACCUUAUGAGGUGUAGUACCAACUGUAUCUGACCCAAAGUUUAUAUUAUGGGAUAAAGCACUUAUUUACCUGAAGGUGACCCCAAAGAGCAAUUCUGCGUAGCAGUAAUUAUUUACUGUCUGUAGGACGUGGGGUCCAUAUUUUUUACUAUGUCCCAUGUCUUUGGUCCAAGCCUGUCAGGUUUGUGCUUGAUCCUUCUAACCACUGUAUGGGUAAGCCAGUCUUAUGCAGUACAGGAACCCACUGGUCCCUGAUUUAUCCCCCGACGUUGCCGACCCAUCGGGCAGUGAAGGAGUUAACUUAAGGUGCUAAUUCAACGCAGCAAUAUAAAACCGCCUCAGAGCGCAGAGAUCCGAUGACUGUUCCCUAUCGAUAUCAGUGAUCUGCGUGAUCGCAGAGAGGAGGAUGCAAUCAGCAAAUCAACACUGUACUGGAAAUUUUGAGGGAUUUCGAAGAAAAUCCACAAAAGAACAUUUUGCAAAACUGAACAAAAAGAAUUGAUAUUGCCUUUUUUUUUUCUUCCAAUUAACCAAACAUCGGACUUAUAAUAAUCUCUGCACCGUUUCAUGUUGUCCCUCUUUAAAGUGAAAACUCUUCGCGGUCCGGUGUGCAGGUCUGUCGGGCCGUGAAGGGGUUAAACUCUGAACUGUUUUGUGUACGGGACCCUGGAGUAUUUGUGUGGUGUCACCAGCCCUACAGGUCUGUAUUCCCAUAAACACCGCUGUAUAUAAACAUUUGUGCAUUUUUUUCUUCUUCUGUUUUUUGAUUGGGGGAGGGGCUGGCAGGACCAGUCCAGGGGAAGACAUUUGCUGUGACCUCAUUUUGUUUUUUAAUUUUGUAAUGUUAGUUUUUUUUUUUUUUUACUAUGUGCACGUAG